GACAACGCGCUUCUGAGCGCUCUCCAUCCACACUUCAUAUAGUCGAACACGUCAACGCACUCAAGUGCCUAAUUUACAAUCGUACAAAUAUGUUUGUGUGUAAGGGACACAUAAUUAAGUUUUGAUAAAUUCGACGAUGUGAAAUGAAUCAAUACCACUUCAAUACACUGGAUAGCGCUCCACGGCUAAAUGGAAACCAGUAAUGAUGACCCACCCAGGACCAGUUUGAAGAUCUGUCGACAAAUCAGCCAACAUUGACUUUGGACAGUGACAUGAACUUUUUGGAAACAUUGCUGGAGUUCCUCAUCGUCGUAAUUGCCGUAGUUUCGCUCGUGGCGAACUGUCUUGUGUUGCUAUGCUUCACCUGCAGCGCGGAUGUCCGUGCACAAGUGCCGGGGGUCUUCAUCAUAAACCUUUCUUUCUGCAACAUCCUCAUCGCCGUCCUCAACAUGCCCUCCACUUUCCUCGGGGUCGUAAAGCGUCAAAAACCUUUCGGCGACUGCUUUUGUUAUGCGGUGAGCUUUAUGGAUACUUUUCUGACCACGAACACAAUGCUGAGCAUGGCAGCUCUCAGUAUAGACCGUUGGAUAGCGGUGGUAUUUCCUUUAACUUACUCCAGCAAACUGAGACAUAAAGAUGCCGUACUUAUGGUGAGCUAUGCGUGGCUGCACUCUCUCGCUUUCUCGCUCACUGCUCUUCUGCUGUCGUGGGUCGACUAUAACCCCGCUUACGCUUCAUGCAUCGUGCACCUUGCAGAGGAAGGGGUCCGAGGGCCGUUCAUGGUGUUCAUUGUGGUGUUUCACUCAGCCUCCUUUGCACUGUCGCUUUUUAUCCAGUGCUUCACUUAUCUGAAAGUGCUACUAGUUGCGCGCUUCCAUUGCAGGAGGAUAGACGUUAUAACGGUGCAGACGCUCUUGCUACUUGUCGACAUUCACCCAAGUGUGAAACAACGGUGUUUGCAAGAGCAGAAGAAAAGGAGACGGAGAGCCACCAAGAAAAUCUGCAUAUUCAUCGGGUCAUUCGUCCUGUGCUUCACACCCUAUGUCAUCACACGACUGACUGAGCUUGUUUUCACCGUAAAGAUCAACCAUUACUGGGGAAUCACGACCAAGUGCCUGAUGUACAGCAAAGCUGCCUCUGACCCUUUUGUCUACUCCCUGUUACGGCAACAGUAUAAGAAGGCUCUCAUGGGUGUGUGUAAUAGAAUUUUGGGAAGGAACUCACACCCGCUGUCUGGUCAGAGCAGCUCCUCAGACACAGAAAGUGAAUUAUUGAGGAUAAAUGCAGCAGUUAAAGGCACCUGACAUUUUGGGAACUAUGCACUUGACUAAAGUUAAUGGCUGAAAGCCAUAAAUUGCCCAAGUGGAGGAAUGGUGUUUAAAUGAAAAUAAAGGAAUAAUGUAUAAUAUUAUUACAUCUUUUUGAGACCAAAGGCCUAUGAAAGAUAAUUAAUUCACUCAACAUGAAUAAUUCUAGAGAUAAAGUAUGGGUAAUGUCAGAGGUAAGGUAUGAAAAGUACAUUUCUGCACACACCACUAUUACAACCAUUACACUGUAAAAAAUAGUUCUGUAAAAUAAUGGUAAAAUACUGGCACCAGAGACACCAUUCGUUUACUGUAAUUUAAGGUUAUUCAUAAUAUGAAAUUAUUUUACGGUUUAUUGCUGUAAAUACGAAAUAGGCUCAAGUACCAAGCAACCAAGUCAAGUUUUUCACUAGAAAACAAGUAAUUGAAUCUUAAAAAUAAAAACAUUGGCAAGCAAAACAAAUUAUUGAAACUUACAAAUAAAAACAAUGGAAUCGAAAACAAAUAAUUGAAACUUACAAAUAAAUAUAAAUGCAAGCAAAAAAAUAAUUGUCACUUUCAAAUAAAAACAAUGGCAAUAAAACAGCUUAAAUAACAGAGGCUAUCCCCUCUAAACUUGAAAUAUUUAAAACAAGAGAGUACUUUUAUUAAAGAGUCUUAUGAGAUAGUGGUGCUGGCAUUCAACAUUUUUAUUAGGAACUAUCCACCAACCAUCUAUUGCAGAGAACCAUAACGUUGGCUGCUUGUUUUUCUCCCUGAUGUAAUCCAUGGAACACAGUAAAACAGUCAAAACUGUCAUCAAAUUAACUACUUACUUAACUACUAUACUUAUACAGAAUCAUCCUUCUACAACAAUCUAGAUAGUAAGGUGAUAGCCUACUUUUAUUCAGUGCGUCCAUCAUCAUUAUGCAAGUGAUGAAAAAUGUGUGUAUUAGCUGUAUUUACGUAAAACACUCAAAAUGUUUGAUUUCCUUUCAAACACAAGCCACAUUUAAACGUGAAAUCAUCGCAAUUUCAAACAUUAGGUUUAGUGGUGAUUUGCAGGUACGGUUAUUAGCACCAAUAGACUGUUUAAGAUUACUAACGUUAGCCAGUUUUCAACAACCACCGUUUGAAAGUUCAGAGAUGAAAAAAGCUGAUUAAACUUGGGGUCUGUAAAAUGUAAGUAAAUAUGAACAUUUGGGGUAUUUCACAGAGAUGACAAGCUCUUUUUAAAUGCUUAAGCUACUUACUAACCAGGCCUACAGCUUGUUAAGCAAAAAUUCAAACAUUACUUGAUAAUACUUCCUUUCUGAACCACAUAGUCUCGAUAAAAGUAAAAAAAGUUUUAUUUUCCUUGAAAUUUGAGUGUGCAGAUGCAUGUUGAAGAAGCUGAAGCAUACGAAUGGUCUGUCCUUUUUCAGCAAGUCCGUCGUCCUCGCGUGGGUCCUCUUCGGGCAGAAAAGUCUGACAUUUGUGGAAAAAACUCCACCUGGCCUGGCACAGGUACUAGAGUGAAAUGAUUGUGAACUAACUAAACUGACGAAAAAAUCACAAACUUUCAGCAAACUAAUUCUCGUUCUCCAUAAAAAUACUGCAUUGUAGGCUACUCUUAUUUAACCUCUGAUAUUUUCCCUUGCUAAAAUGAUAUACAAAAUAUUCAGUUGACAUUAACUCUUCUUUAAUUUAGAAACAAAUGUAAAAUACAGAACUUUCAAGAUUUUGUAUGAUUGUUUUUCAAUUAGGCAACACUGAAACCCCAACUGAAGCAACAUAAAUUGCAUGUUUUAACCAUGUGAAUUAUUAUUUUAACCUAAACAGUGUGAUAGAAGUAAAAGAUUUUACUUACAACAUACAUAUGUUAGACUGAGUAAUACAAUAGGUAAAUAGAAUUUUUUAUUUCAGUAUUUCAGACUGAAUACAACAUGUAUAGCCUAUAGGUCCAACAUGUUUGAUUGUGCCUGUUGGGUUUCUGCGUACUUGAUGGCUGAUUUGAUCAUAUUUAUGCUUGUGCUUGGUAAUCAAGGGAUCAAUGUUUGUGAAAUGCCAAUUGUGUGUAAUGAGCUGGAGUGA